CUCAUCUCAUUAACUACUUGCAAGCAUAGCAACCUACCCUUCCCCUCUCUCCCUCCACCAACUUUCCCUUUAAAACAUUUCACCCCAUAAAUUCUCCAUCACACACAAUCCAUUCCUCAAUUCCCCAAACCAAACACGCCCUCACGCGCUUCCCCGCAAAAUGGAGGCUCGCCGGAGGAUAACGCUUUACGACCAAAUGACAGCUACCAACACCACCACCACCACCACCACCUCCAGAGACUCGCUAGCCAGCCUCAUGCUGGACGACGUCGUUUUCAAGAAGACCCAAGCCCAAGCCCAAGCCCAAGCCGAAGCGAGCCGAAGCCGGACUCUCCAAGACAUAAUUCGCGAAGAAGAGACUAACCACGGCGCCAAGGAUCGGAACUCAUGGAAAGCCUUCAAGGAUAAGCUUCGGCUCAAGCGCGCUCUCGGCUCGGCUUGGUCCUCCUCCGCCGCUAAUACUAAUAACGACGACGACGACGACGAUGAAGACGAUAGUAACAACAUUAACGGCAACGGAAACGGAAACGGAGACGGAGACGGAGACGGAAACUUACCUGCUCAGUCGGAGGCGCAGAACGACGUCGUUGUGGGCGUGUCGUUGAUGGAUUUGUUGGAGGAGACGACGGAGCAGGAAAUGGAGUUGUGCAGAGCCAGCGAUGAGGACGAGGGUUAUGUUGAUGAUGAUGAUGAUGAUGAUGAUGAUGACGUGGAGGAGUGUAAAUACAAGAAGGGAGAAGCGGAAGAAGAGGGGAAAGAGGGUUUGGUGGAGUACAAGUGCUGCGUCUGCAUGGUGCGGCAUAAGGGCGCGGCUUUUAUCCCCUGCGGACACACCUUCUGCAGAACGUGUUCCCGCGAGGUUUGGGUCACCAGAGGGAAUUGCCCUCUUUGCAAUAAUUUGAUUUUGGAAAUUCUUGAUAUCUUCUGACCUGAUCGAAUAAACAAAAGCUUGAAGUACAGUGAAAAACACACAGAAGGGGGAGUUGAAUGUGUGUGUAUGAAGGAUUUUAAAAACGUUUUUGCAAAGGUACUAAUUUUCGUUAGAAAAUAAUGGUUCAGCUGCGUAAGGAAAGUGCAAGGUUGAUUAAAAGGAACUAUGCGUCCGAAGUUCUAUCGUCUGUUCAAAAAAUGAUUUUCUCAGUUAAACAAAUAUGAGUUCGUCUAAAUAUUAUUUAGAAGAUAGAUAGCAGUAGAGGAAGUUUUUCAAAGUGAUGAGUCAAUAUAAGUGAAACU